AUGGGCGGGUCUAGCAGGUCCCCGGCAGUUCGAAAUGGCAGGACUGGCCGUUUCCAGCAGUCUCCAGGAAAGAUCAAGCGUCCAGAUCUAGGCGGCGAUAAAAUGGGGGUCGGUGCCUGCGGGAACGCCAUCAGCAUGGAUAUCUCACCUCACAACACGCCUUUGGAAGAAUCUGAUCAGCAGGCACGUGGCACGCGUCCUGGACUCCUAUCAGAUGCGGAUACCGGCUAUGCAGGGGAAGACGUGCCGAAGGCAGCAGAGUCGCCCGAUGUCUCGGCCAUCUUGCAAACCCACGAUCCCGGCAUCAACAUGGCCCAAAACAACGUGGUUGUUGGAUCGUCGCUCGCGCCUUCCCCACGUGGCGGAGAUCCAGAGGUACACUCUCUUUUCAAAACCACAUCGCUUCCUGCCAUAGUCAAUGAUGAAGGUCCGUCGUCGUCGAUGCAGACUCUCGAUAUGCAACCCCUGAUCUCAAGUCCCUACCAAGCUGGUCUGCGCAAUCGCCUUAGCAACCAAUCUUUGGGUAGCUCCAUCAACUACGGAACGAAAGGUUUAACUAAUCAACGCCUGAGUCUAGACGAAGUACGGAUCGCAAAUCGAAACAAAAGAGGCGGUAUUCCGAUUUCUGAGAACGGGCAGGUCACUGCAGCCCUACUACGGAAGCAAGUCGAAGCAUUCGCAGCCACCCAGCCUGCUGUCCACCGGAACGAAGGAGAGGUCCGGAAUAAUCGCGAUGUGCAGCCGCUUGAGUCUGGUCCUAUCAGUGACUCCGGUCUCCAGGUAGCAACAUCCAUGCCAGCUCCAGCGACUAUUGGUCCUACAAGCGGCACUACGACCGGCACUGCGUGUGCCACUGACACGGAUGAGUCCUCAGAUAGCAAGGAUGAAGGCUGCUUCACCAACUACAGUGAGGAAGACUCCUUUACCUGGAUCGAAACACACCACUACAACAUCUCCCGCGCCCUCGUAUCUGGAGAUCCCAUAACCAAUUUUCCCAUGAUCUCGAAGCACAAACUAGCACUGUGGAAUAUGAACCACACACCUACGCACAAGCCGGGCUGUCGCUUUGGUCGAAUUCUUCUCCCAGCGCCACCUUCACCACCACCGAAGUCAGGAUUUACCAUGCGAAAAGCACUUCGUGAUUCUGACCCCGAGCAGUCUGAGAUUGAUGACGCCGUGUGGGACUACUUCGACGCCAUGACACGGGAAGACAAGCUUGGUAUGAUUGAUGAAGUCAAUCUCCUACUCACUGCGCUGCGAUGGUCAAUGAGUCUGGUGGACCUCAGCCAGACCAUUAUGCGGCGCUUCACCGUCUUUGCUGUUAACCGGCGUCCAGAUUUUGUUGAGACGCACAAGUGGUUCUUAUUGCACACGUGGCUUGAGCGGCAGCACGGCAGCACGGCACAGCAGAUCUGGGAGAAGCCGAAUAUCGAGGCGGGAUGGGACGUGCUAGUGCCUGCGGGGAUUCCGUCCUGGGGCGGUACAGAUCUGCCGAGCUGCGAGCGUACCUUGCGCUCUUUCUCCCCACAUCCAGCUGAUGAGGUGCCGAACGUGGCGUGGGGACGGACGAAAGGAUUCAAGAGCGAUUUGAGGAGGGACCAGAUCUGA